GGCGUGACGCCGGGCAUGGGUGGUGCGCGGCACCCGUAGCAACGGGCCCCGGCUUGUCCCAAACAGCCGGCGAGCCAUGGGUGCGCGCGGACGCCUCGCCUUCCUCCUCCUCCUCCUCCUCGGUGCCCCAGGGACGUUUGUCAGGCCGGCAGCCCUGCCCGACCUGCCCCGCGUGGUGACCCUGAGCGAGGACGCAGCGCCGGGCACCCGCGUGGCCGAGGUGACCGUGUCCUGCAGGACUGCGGAAGGCAGCCCCAACGUCACUCUGCUGCGCGUCGAGCCCGGCACCCCCACCGACCCCACCAUCACCCCGCGCACCCCUGAGCCUGGCCACCCCUUCAACCCCAUCGCCAUCAGCGCCGUCGGCGUGUCCGCCACCACCUUUCGGGCAGAGGUGACGCUGCGUGCCGGCGCCGAGCUCGACGCCCGCCGGGUGAACCAGUACGCACUGGCGCUGCGCGCUGCCUGCCCCAGCGGAGAGGAGUUGACAAAGUGGCUCUUUGUCCGGGUGACGGUAGGACGGGCGCUGCGCUGUGACGCCCCGUUCGCCAGCGCGGGCGGGGACGUGGUGCGGGUGCCGGCGGACGUGGCGCCCCGGGCCCCCCUGUACGCGGUGCUGCCGCAGCUGCUUGGUGGGCUCACGUUCCGGCUCAGAAAUGACGGCACGCCGCUCACGCUCACCCCACGGGGCCUGGUACUGGCGCCCGCCAGUGGCUUCAGCCCCAGUAAGGUCACCCAGAGUUUCAGGCUGGAGAUCGAGGUGACGGACCGGCAGGGGCACAACUGCAGCGGGGCCGUGACAGUGGAGGUCCUGCCGUCACGCCGUCCCCGUGUCACCAUCCUGGAGCCGCGGCGAGACGUGACGGUGCCCGAGGGCUCCGGCCCCUGGGAGGUGGUCACGCAGGUCCAAGCCAGCGGUGACAACGUGCACUACGCCAUCCUUUCUCCCACGGCGCCAGUGCUCUUCACCAUCGACGAGUUGACGGGCGAGAUCCGCAGCACGUGCCGGCUGGAGGUGGCCCGCGUGCGCCUCCUCGUCCGGGCUUACAACGCGCUGCAACCUGCCGACCAGGCCACCGCCACGAUCAAUGUCACCGUGCAGGGGAGGGACCGGCAGGCUCCAUCCUGCGUCCCAGCACUCUACGUGACCCAGGUGCGUGAGACGGUGUCCCCCGGCAGCACCCUGGUGACACUGAGGUGCGCCAGCCCCGCUGGUGCUGAGGGGCCCCUGAGCUACGCCCUGGAGGGGCCCCCAGGCUCCCGCUCCCGCUUCCGCAUGGAGGGGCCGCGGCUGCAGGUCAACACCACCCUGGACUAUGACUCGCAGGCAAUGGCUGCUCUGGGCUUCCAGCUGACGGCCACCGUCGUGGUGACAGCCGGGGGACAGCCCCCGCGGAGCACCCGUGUGCCUGUGCUCGUGACCGUGACACCCGUCAACGAAUUCCCACCGGAGUGCCCCCGAGGCCUCGCCUUCACCGUGCUGGAGACGGCGCCUUUCGGCAGCGUCGUGGGGUACGUGAACGGCACCGACCGCGACCACCCGCCGAACAGCCUCGAGUACAGCCUCGAGGGGGGCUCCGGCCCCGCGCAGCCCUUCUCCAUCGACACGCACAGCGGCGAGAUCCGCGUGGUGGGUCCCCUCGGCUCCGUGCCGCGCAUGAGCUACCGGCUGCCGGUGCGGCUGACGGACACCCACAACGACCUGGACCCGGCGAACCGGCGGAGCCGCCUGUGCAACGUGGCCGUGCGCUUGCAGGCCGUGCGGGAGCCGCGGUGCACCCCCGAGGUGCAGGAGCUGUGGAUCACGGCCGGGAGAGGCAGCCGCCAGCCCGUCACCCAGCUGGCGUGCCGGGGUGACCCCGACACCACCGCGCUGUCCUACGCCAUCGUUGGAGGCAACGAGGACGGACGCUUUCGGCUGGAUGGGAGCACCCUCUCCUACGUCCCCGACGGCCCGGCCGAACCCCGCACCUUUGUGCUGCUGGUGGAGGUGUGGGGCGGCCCCGGGGCCCCCCGCCGCAGCACGGUGGUGCCGCUGGUGGUGCACGUCACCCCCCGCAGCACCACGGUGCCGCCCAGCACCACCGCCCGGCACACGACGCCGCGGAAGAAGCCGCUGGUGGUCACGCGGACGGAGGCGGUAUGGCACCCGCCGGCCUGGUUUGUGGCCGUGCUGACCGUGUCCGGCGUCCUGCUCCUGGUCAGCCUGAGCUGCCUGGCUCGGAGCCUCGUGUGCAGCAGCCGAGCCCCCGGCAAGCAGCUCCUGGGCGAGAGCAGCUCCCGGGACGUGGCUGAGCGGAGCGAGGGCCGGGAGGAGCAGGGCUGCCCCCAGGCCGGCCGCCUCUCCCUGCUGCACGCAGGAGCCGUCUGA